CAUUUUGUUUCUUAGAAAGUCAUUCACCAAAAUAGUUUGAGAAUACCUACUUAAAAGUACCACAUAGAUUAUUAAUAACCAAAAAAACAACAAAAAGUCAUCCCUUACAAUUGUUCAAGAUAACAGGUACAAUAAAUCAAAACUCAUUAUAAUACUAUACAUUACUCUAUAAACUCAACUGCAAAUUAGAGCAAUAAUAGUCUCACGGAAAACCGGUCUCAUAGUAGACGCGGCCUUACUCCAGCCCGCACAUGUGCCGAUUGUGCUGACAUUUACGUAGUGCGCUCCGUACCGCCGCAAAGACGCGCGUCCGCUCGCGCAGAAAAAAAAAUACCGUCGAAUUUCAAAUUUAAAUCAAAUUGCGUACACAUUUUUAUUCGAAAAAUAGAGGUGCCUAUGUUUUUUUUAUUCGAGUGUUCAGUUAUAAUUUUACGUUCGUUAAAACUGCUACUGGAAUUGCGUAUUUUGGAUGUGAAUUCGCUAGGGGUCGUUUUCCCUGGGAGAGUAUUGCUAUAGCAACGAAUUUACGUCAAGUUCAUGGGCGACUGGUGCAUUUUCGCUCGAUAAUGAGUAGUUUUGGAGAUUGCUGAGUUUGUUUAAAGCUGUGCCGUAACAAAGCAAAAGUGAUCGUACAAAUUGAAUAAAGUGAGUGUUUAUUAUUUGAGUGAAUAUCACCGGAUGGCCCCGAUUCAUGGGAUUUAUGGGGGAUAGCACUUGCAAGCAGAAAUAUGAGUUUAAUGGCGUUUAUCAAGUUCGGGUAUGCGCUGGUGGUUGUGACGCUGCUGCUCAUGAUAUGGGCAUCCUUGUCGGGAGCGUUAGAACUCCACGUAGACGCCAGCCAUCCACCAUGCUUGUUCCAAGCGCUGUGCACCUGCUCCAAGCCGGCUGGGGACCUCGGCAUCGUGACCUGCAACCACGUCCCGAUCCUCAGGGUGCCCGGCACCAUCAACAGUUCGAAGGUCUUCAUGCUCCAGCUCACUGGGAAUAAGAUCAGGGACUUGGAGCCGCAGUUCUUCCAAGCAACAGGCUUGUACCGGCUCGCAAUCAACGAGAAUCCUCUGGAGGGAAUCCAUGAAGAGGCUUUCUAUGGUCUGGACAACACGCUUUGGGAAUUGGAACUGCGACGGGACAAAUUGACGUCGGUACCGAGCCGGUCGCUAAGAUACUUGCAGAAGCUAAGGCUCUUGGACUUGACAGGCAAUGAAAUAACUGAUAUAUCUGGUGAUAACUGGCGUGGUUUGGAACAUACUUUAACAACACUGAUUCUUGCUGACAAUUCGAUCGCGAACCUGCCUCUAGAUGCCUUCUCCAGCCUGCCGAUGUUGGAGACCCUGGACUUGCAUGGAAACCAUCUGUCAGUGAUAGAUAGUGGCGUGUUCCGUGAUGGGAUGAGCAGACUGAAUAGGCUCUUACUAAGUGACAACCAACUCGCCUACAUACCUUACGAAGAGCUAUCACCGCUACGACAGCUCAGGUUCCUGGACCUCUCCAGCAACUUGAUCAAGCAAGUUCCACCGGCACACGACUUGAACGGUGUUAGAUUGUCUUUGGAUUCUUUGAAACUGGACAAUAAUCUCAUCAGGAUAUUGUACCCUGGAUCAUUCAAGUAUUUCAACAUUUUGAAUUCAACUUCUUUGGAUGGAAAUACUAUUUCUGUGCUAAGGGAGGAUGCCUUCAGAAAUGCGAAGAUCAAAUCCCUUUCACUUCGUGAUUGUGGACUUACAGAGCUAUCGCCAGCAUCCUUUGCUGGUCUUGAGAACAGUUUGCAGACCCUCGACCUAUCAGAAAAUAACCUGACGAUGAUAUCAAAGUUCAUGCUCAACAAACUGGAUUCCUUGAGAUUCUUGAAUCUGAGGGAAAAUAAGGUGGACAUCAAUUUACUGACGUCUUCUACACCAUCGGAGUACUCAACUUCAUCGUUCAACAACUUCCAGUACAAACUGUUUUAUUUGGACAUCAGUAGUGCGAGCUCCAUUGAAAUGAGUUUGCAGGACUUUAGAAGGAUGAGAUCCCUUCGCUACUUGGCUGUCAGCAAGUUACUAAGGCAAAGCGUAAGAACGGAAGACUUCCUAGAAUUCGGUGUGGAGUUGGAAGAUCUGAAGAUAUACGGCAGCACGAUCACGAGGAUAGAAACUAGCGCCUUCCAGCAUGUCAGGACCAUCAAAACCCUUGACAUGUCUGAGAACAAUAUAGAGUUCAUCGAUCCUUUUGCUUUUGCUGAGUUGCACAGCUUAACCACAUUAAAAAUGGCAAACGGAUUAGCAGAUACGGUGAAGAUACUGCCGUUUGAGCCUCUGAAGGCUUUAAUAGAGCUGCAGUACCUGGAUCUCAGUAACAACAAGUUGAAGAAUGUUCCUGAUACAUCUUUCCACUUCUUGUACAAAUUAAAGAGGUUGAAUCUACAGGAUAACUACAUUGAUCAUUUCUCUAAAGGAACCUUACAGGGUGACAUCCACGGCCAACUCGAAAGCAUCUGUCUCUCCCUGAACCAAAUAAGACAAAUAGUACAGCACGCAUUCGUAGGCCUUAGAGAACUGCAAGAGAUUCUGAUCGAAGACAAUCUCAUAGAGCUUAUACAGCGGAGGGCGUUCACAAGUCUUGAUAACUUGAAGAUUAUUAAGUUAAAAGGAAACAGAAUCAACGAAAUAAGCGAAGAAGCCUUCCAAAAUAUUCCGGCUUUGACUGAGUUGGAUAUUUCCUUCAACAACUUGGACACUUUCAAGUUCUCGAUUUUUGACCAAGUGGGAUCAGCUACGGCUUUAAAAGUCAACGCUUCGUACAAUCGAAUCAUCACUUUGACAGAUUCAAAUGCUCCUAGUUUCUUCACAUCGAACUUUUACCCGCCACCCAAGGCUCAGAGUCUCGGAACUGUGUCUGUCAAUAUCAGAGUGUUGGACUUCUCACAUAAUAAUAUUACUUAUAUUGCGCCAUAUUACUUCAGGCAUGCAGACUUAACUCUCACAGAGUUACAUCUCUCCCACAACUUGCUAAGGAACAUUACUCGCGAAGUGUUCGGUUCCAUGCACAUGUUGCAGUAUUUGGAUCUGUCUCACAACUAUAUCUAUCACAUGGAAUAUGAUUGUUUCAAGAGAGUCAAAAACUUACAGAUCAUAAACUUAUCUCACAACCAUAUAAUCGAGCUACCAGUCGAGAUAUUCCACGACAUGCAGUCUUUGACUUCAGUAGAUUUAUCAAAUAAUUACAUCAAGAAUUUGGCUGACAACCUGAUUCCGUCACCAUCUUUGGAGAGGUUCGAUUUAUCAAACAACGCCUUAUCAAGGAUCCCAACCAACUGCCUGUCUGCUGCAGCUGCGGCCAAUUUAGUUGAACUCGACUUAAGUGGCAAUACCAUACCAGCGGUGGCUCUAGGCGACCUGGUCCAAAGAUUCCGGAACCCCGAUCAGUUGGGCGAAUACUGGCCCGAGGAGCCCGACUACAGCGACGAAUACAUGUACCACACCGCUAGGCGAGAUCACACCAGAGUGUUCCACCAAAAAAAACAAUACCCGCAGAAUAUUUUGUACAAGUCUCUAGCAUGGUUGGACCUGUCCAAUAACCAUCUCGUACGUAUUGAAGGAGGUUCCUUCUCGGCAUUGCCGAAGCUUCGCUGGCUGGACCUCAGCAACAACUCGCCUUUUAACUCUGGUGAAAGAGGAAUCGCCAUCUUCAAGGGGCUUGAGAGGAGAUUGUCUCAUUUGGGACUGAAGAAUGUUAGCUUGGUGUCUGUUCCUUCAAUGUCUCUAUCAAAGCUGAAGAGUUUGGACUUAUCAUACAACAACUUACCAUCUAUUCCUCCUGAUACGACGGCUAACUUGACUCGUCUUCGAGAACUGGAUUUGUCUUACAACGAUCUGACUGCUGUACCUGUGGCUACUCAUUCGCUGAGUGAACUGCGUUGGCUCUCGUUGUCUGGCAAUCCGAUCACAGCUCUCAUGAACACCAGUCUGUACGGUGUGUCACCACGACUUGAGUAUCUUGAUGUAACGCGUCUGAGGCUCAGAAUAUUGGAGCACGGUGUCUUCAGCAAAAUGUAUGGACUUCGUACACUUAAAGUGACUGCUUACUCAAACGUUCGAGACUUCAAUGUACCAAAAAUGUUAUCAUACAACGCUGGUCUGGAGAACUUGUUGAUAGAAGUCGACGACAACGGAGUGGAGUUCGGAAAGGAAAUGUAUGGACCUCUGCCGAACAAACUCGAUAAUAUAACGAUCACUGGAAGAGCCUUGAAGUAUCUUACUCAGUAUCUCUUGAGCGGUGUUCAAUCAAAAGUUCUAAGGCUCACAGUCUACAACACGAGCAUAGAGGAGCUCGCCAACGAAGUGUUCUGGAGACCAGGCCACGUGACCAACCUCACGCUGGAUCUCAGGAACAACUACAUUACGAGGGUACCCAACCCUUCGCACAGAGCAUGGCCAAGAGUACCGAACACUGUGUUCUUACAGGACAUACUUGUUGCAGGCAAUCCCUUAAGUUGUGACUGUGGAAUUGGGUGGAUAAAAGCAUGGGACCGAAAGAGACGACAGUAUCUGUGCGACAGCACAUCGAAAUGUAUAUCAACGCGCGAUGACGUUAGAUUUGCAACCUGCCCCACUUAUGAUAACAGAACUUUUGCUGACGUCCUGACGCGGGAUUUGGAUUGCGAAUGGAACAAAGGAUUUCUGAGAUCACCAAACUUCUACAUAGUAUUAGGAAUGUCGAUCCUAACGUGCCUGUAUAUAUGAGGACUAUUUUGGCUACUUGGGGUAUACGAAGAGUUCAACCUGAUUUUGGCACGGGUGUAUAAUUUUUAGGGCACUUUGAGGCCUCAAGACGUUUAAUUAGAAAAAAAA